GAGCCGAAGACGGAAGUCAGACGCUUAACCGACUGAGCCACCCAGGCGUCCCUAUUCGCCAGCUCUUAAACGAGGGACGUCUUCAGCUUUGCCCACAAAACUUGAGGUGCCUCACACUUCAGCACUUGCGCACCUAGAAGAGCCUGAACGUGGGUGCCCCCUUAAAUUUGGAACCCAAGGGCCACGUCCCCUUAAGGAGGCCCUGGAAGCUGGCGGCACUUUGUAGCUUGUGCAAGCCCUGGGAGAGGGAGCGCGUCCUUAAAUGCCAAAUGCCUGGCUUUGUGGCGCACUCCAGUCCCGGAUGUUCCUCGGCUGCUUUACUGUGCUGUGCCUUCCAUGUGUAGGAAGGUACUCCUGGGCAGAAGGUUCACCCAGCGACACCUGCCAGGAUGACCAAGAGGCUCAACUCCCAGAUCCGGCAUAUAUUCCCAGAAGAUGUCUACUGUGAGAAACACCUGGGACUCGUGCAGCUGUUCUGUGCGGAUGACCAGGUCCUGCUGUGUGGUCAGUGCUUCCACUCUCAGGAGCACCAGAAUCACGUGGUGUGGGGAAUACAAGAGGCUGCUGGCGUCUACAGGAAGUUAUUCCAGGAGAUAGUGAACAGAUUGAAGGAGAAACUUGAAGUUGCUAAAAGCAUAUUGGCUGAUGAGCGGGAACGAAUGGUGUUGAUUCAGGGAGAAGAGCAGGAUUUUAAAAAGAUGAUUGAGUCUGAAUAUAGAAUAAGGUUCCGGUUGAUGGUCGAAGAGAUGAACUUCCGGAGCCUGCAACAGUGCGUACCCAACCCAAAUUUGAGAGGAGAGCGUCUGAAUCAGCUGCUGACUUUUGCCACAGUGCUGAAGGGGCAGUCCCAGGAAACGCUGCAGAGGCUGAAUGACUUGGGGAGAGAGAACAUGAGUAAACUGAAGGAGAGUGAAAUCCGGCUUUUGGGACAGAUCUGCAACCUCCAAAAGAUGACUGCAAAGCUUGAGAAGAAGUGUGGGAAAUACACCCUAACGGUGCUCCAGAACGCAAGAUCUUCUUUGAAAAGGAGUGAGUCCCUCCUGCUUCAGUGUCUGGAGUGCGCCCAAAUCACGGACCUGAGUUCAUGCCGAGUAACAGGAAUGAGCAGAAUGCUCCAAGUUCUGCAAAGAGCUGUCACUUUGGAUCCUAAAACAGCUCAUCCCUCUCUGAUCUUAUCUGAGGAUCUGAGAAGCAUAUAUCUCGGAAGUGCCCAUCAGGAUGUGCCUGGCAGCCCAGGACAAUUUGUCUUCGGCGCCACCGUGUUGGGUGUGGAGAUCUUCACCUCGGGGAGACACUACUGGGAGGUGGAUGUGGAAAAGGCAAUCAGCUGGCAGCUGGGGGUGUCUGAAGACCCCGCCAGCAGACCCGGUGAUCUGCCCACUGCUUUGGGAAAUAAAAUCUUGCUCAUGGGGUCAUUGAUGGGAACCACUUACACCUUCUGGGCUUCUCCUCCUCUGAAGAGGGUCGCCCUGAGAGCAGAGCAGAUGUACAGAAUUGGAGUCUUCCUGGACUGGGAGUACGGGCAGAUGUCCUUCUAUGAUGUGACAAACAGAUCCCUCAUUUAUAAUUUCUCUUCGCUCACCUUUCAAGGAGCUCUCAGGCCCAUAUUUUCUCUUUGUAUCCCAAGUGGAGUCACCAAUUCAGACUCCCUUAGCCUUUGCCUUCCUCCUGCUCCUUCUUGUGAUGCUACUGUUAACCCACAGCCUUCUUCUGCAUGAGAUCUAAGAAGGACCAGAAGUAAAGAGUUUGACUUUGUAAAAGAAUCUAUAUCAAGUAAUCCAAUAAAAGAUUUUUAACACUUGA